AAAAAAAAAAAAAAUCUUGAAUUCGGCCGUUGAAAGAAGAAACCAAAUCGCUACUCAACAAACGAAGCCUCCAUCUCAGAAAGGCGUUAUCUUUGAUUCUCCCAAAGCAUAUACUCCUAUACCAUUUCCAACCUCUACAACUCUUUGUUCCUCAUCUUCACCACCACUCAAAGCUUUUGGCUUUUUCUCUCUCUCUCUCUGGGUCACCGGACAUGGCUUUCCGGCGACCUUCUUUCACCUCGGCUCUCUUCCUCUGCGUCCUGCUACUGUCCACCCAUUCUUCUAUUGCGCGCAAAACCCACAAAAUCCGAGGACCCAUCAAAACCGUCGUCGUUUUGGUCAUGGAAAACCGCUCCUUUGACCAUAUCCUCGGCUGGCUCAAGUCGACCCGACCCGAAAUCGACGGUUUAACCGGCAAAGAAUCGAACCGGCUCUCCGUUUCCAACCCGAAUUCCCCGAAAGUCCACGUCUCCAGCGACGCCGGCUUCAUCGACUCCGAUCCCGGCCACUCGUUCCAGGCGAUCCGGGAACAGAUAUUCGGAUCCCACCGGAGCUCCGGCAACCCGGCCCUGAUGAACGGGUUCGCCCAGCAGGCCGAGUCCAUGUCCCCGGGCAUGGCCGCCACCGUCAUGAGCGGCUUCAAACCGGAGGUCCUCCCCGCCUACACCGAGUUAGCCAACGAGUUCGCCGUCUUCGACCGGUGGUUCGCUUCCGUCCCGGCGUCGACCCAGCCGAACCGGUUCUACGUCCACUCCGCCACGUCACACGGCGCCACCAGCAACGUCCGGAAGGACCUAAUCCACGGGUUCCCUCAGCGAACCAUCUUCGACUCCCUGGACGAAAAUGACCUCAGCUUCGGGAUUUAUUACCAGAACAUCCCCGCCUCCCUGUUCUUCAAGAGCCUCAGGAAGCUGAAGCACGUGACCAAGUUCCACAGCUACGCCUUGAAGUUCAAGCUCCACGCCAAGCUCGGGAAGCUGCCCAACUACGCCGUCAUCGAGCAGCGGUACUUCGACGUUAAGGAGAUGCCGGCCAAUGACGACCACCCGUCGCAUGACGUGGCGAGAGGGCAGAGGUUCGUGAAGGAGGUGUACGAGACUCUGAGGAAGAGCCCGCAGUGGAAAGAAAUGGCAUUGCUGAUUACUUAUGAUGAGCACGGUGGGUUUUACGACCAUGUGCCUACGCCUAUUUCGGGUGUUCCUAGUCCUGAUGGGAUUACCGGGCCUGACCCGUUUUACUUCCGGUUUGACCGGUUGGGGGUUCGGGUGCCUACCAUUCUUGUCUCCCCCUGGAUCGAAAAGGGUACCGUGAUCCAUGAGCCAACAGGGCCAACACCACAUUCCCAGUUUGAGCAUUCUUCUAUUCCCGCAACUGUAAAGAAGCUUUUCAAUUUAAAAUCCAACUUCCUGACAAAGAGAGAUGCAUGGGCUGGUACUUUUGAGAAUUACUUUUACCUCCGUGACACUCCUCGUGAUGAUUGUCCAGAAACUCUUCCAGAGGUGACGAAAUCACUGAGGCCAGGGGGACCUAAAGAAGACAUAAGCCUCUCAGAGUUUCAGGUUGAACUGAUCCAACUUGCAUCCCAGCUCAACGGUGAUCAUGUACUCAACACUUACCCCUAUAUCGGCGAAAGAAUGAACGUGCGCGAAGCCAACAGUUAUGCAGAGGAUGCUGUCAAGAGGUUCCUGGAAGCUGGAAGAGCUGCUCUUAAAGCCGGAGCCAACGAGUCUGCAAUUGUUAUGAUGAGACCAUCUCUCACUAGCCGAGUUAAAAUGCAAGAUCAUGGUUCGUACCUAGAAUCCCAAUGAUUACCUUUCAAAGUUAGCUACUGUAAUUAGGAGUAAUCACUACAUCUGUAUAGAACCUAGUUAUUGACUGUAUGACAAUGUUGAGCCUUCCACUACUAUUAUGGUUUAUCAAGCUAGCCGGUUAUAUGGUACACAA